AUGUCCAGCGAUCAAAUGUUUCAGGAGGUAAUGACAUUCUGUCCAGGUUUUGAUCAGGAGUUGGUCAAAGAUCUCUGCACUGAGUGCAGAACUGUCGAUCAAGUUAUUCAAUAUUAUCAUGAACAAUCAAAGCGAUCAGCAGCAAAAACAACAAAUACAAAGCCAGAACAUAAGGGCAGAGGUCCUUGCCAAGAUAGACCAUGCGGACCAAAAGAGCCAAGAGAACAAAAAGAGGAUAGAAAGCCAAAGGAGGCCGCUCCAGUUGAAAAGAAGAAGAAGCAGCCAGUCUUUGCUGCAGCUACAGGCGCUACAUGGGGCAACCUUAACUUAGACGAGCAAAAGCCAGAAGAAAAGAUCGCUCAGCCAGUCCAGCAGAAGGCUCCAGUAGAAGAAAAGAAGCCAGAACUAGCUCCACAGAGGAAGCAGGAGAAGCCAAAGGAGGAAAAGAAGCCAGAACCAGCUUCACAGAGGAAGCAGGAGAAGCCAGGGCCAGCUCCAGCUGAAAAACCAGCUGCUACAAUGCUUUACGUCCCAGCCAAAUUAGAAGGCAAGCACAGCAUCAUGUCCUUUGGCACAUUCAAUUCCAAAUCCGAUCAGGCCGUCUUUGCCCCAGAACCAGCCGCCCCAGAGCCAGCUAAACCAAGGCCAACACCAAUCGAAGAACCAAAGAUUGAACCAGUUGUCCAGAAGAAGCAGAAGGAAGAGCCAAAGGUUGAGGAACCAAAGCAAAAGCCAGUAGAAGAGGCCAAGCCAGCUCCAGUUGAACAAGUUCCACAAUUAAACCCAGCUCAGAUCCAGGCUCCACCACAGCCAGCUCCACAACAGGCUCAACCACAGCAACCACAGCCAAAUCUUUACCAAUUCGGCGAUCAGAUGCAGCAGCAACAACCACAGCAAUACGAUAGCAAAUUAUGGGAGGAGUUUCUCCUUUUCCAGCAAUUCAUGCGUUUCAGACAAAUGAAUCAGAACAUGCCAAUGAACCAAAACAUGCAGAUGAAUCAGAAUAUGCAAAUGAACCCAGGAUUCAACCAAAAUUCAUUCCCAGGAUUCAACCCGUUCCGGGGUCAGUACGGUAACGGUCCAAACGGUGGUUUUGGCCAUUAA